AUGCCCAGCCAAACCGAGCUUCCUAAAUACCGCCUGAGGGUGACGGCGGGUCCGGAGUAUGACCGAUCAACACACAAGCAGGUUGCGGUCAACGACAAGACACUACAUUUUGAUGGCGACCGAGCAGCAGUGGACGUAGGCGUCCAUAUCCAGAACUUCUCCGGCUACCCUGAUAACUCCCCGAAGACAAGUCCGUAUUUCUCACAACCACUGCACGCCCACGAUCAAUACUCAAUAUCUUGCUCGUUCACCCCGAAACAGAAUAUCAAUGGCAACGACCUAGUCUUCGGGAAUGACUUCGACCAUCCUAUCCGCGAUCGCCUACCAAUGGGCUUCAACGCUGCAUUAAAGACCGUCAAAUGGGCCAUUGACCCGUCGAUUGACGGUGAUGCCUAUGCCGACAAGCCAUAUCUCUACAGCCCCGCCCUGGCUACGUGGAACCAAUUCCGCAUCGGCGGAAAGAGUACUACGACUAGUACUCCAAGAUUAACAACCGAAUACGUUGUGGAGGAGGGCGCUGAUGGGGAUGGCGUGGAGAGCCGCGCUUCAAUCAAAAUCCCCGGUGACACGGCCAAGGCCCGGCGAAGCCAUUUUCAAAAUGAGAAGCACCGCAAGGCAUUUGAGUUCGAGGCUGGUAGGACUUACCUGGCUGAUUUUGGUAACGGGUACCUUUCUUUCAGCGAUAUGUCGAUUCAUCUUCCUGGAUUCUCUAUUCCGGUGAUUAGUAUGGUCGAUGACACGAUGAACGAAUUGCGUUAUGUUCUCAAGAAUGUGAGAACCGGUGAGGUGUAUCUGGCUGUCCUGUUCACUGUUGUCUGGAACCAACUUGAAAAGGCGCAAGAUGGCGAGCAAACUGGGGAUCAAGACGUGGACUAG